AUGGCUCUGAUUCAAAAUGUGCACCAUGUGCACACCCGAUCUCUUCCCCCUCCAGCGGCUCGCGGCGGCUCCUGCUCCUCAUCCGCCGCCCCGGCGCCGCGGCGGCAGCCGGCGGCACGAAUCCCCUCCAGCCCCGCGCCCUCAUCGGUCACUACUAUUCCCCUACGCCCCUCGCGAGAUCCACCAAUCUGGACACCGCCUCCUACCUCGUCGCCUCCGGCGGCCUCUCCCCCGCCGCCGCUGCCGUGGCUUCCCGCUGGGUCCGCGUCUGAUCCACCGCCAAGGCCGACGCCGUCCUCGCCCUCCUGCGCCACCACGGCUUAUCCGGCGCAAAUCGCCCAGUUGCUUCGCGCGGCCCCGCAUGUCCUACUCUCCGACCCCGACAAGAUCAUCCGACCUAAGCUCCGGUUCUUCGACUCCCUAGGCGUCGGCGCCACCGUCCUUGCCCAGUCGAACCUCAUCACGCGCAGCCUCGACAAGUUCCUCGUACCCUGCGUCGAGUUCCUACGCGGCAUCGUCGGCACGGACGCUAACCUCCGAACCGCCUUGACCCGUAGGCCGUGCUUCCUUGGUGGAUUGAACCAGAGGAAGCUGCGCCCCGCCGUGGAAAAUCUCCGCCGCCACGGCCUCUCGGAUGAGGCCAUAUCGAAGCUAAUCGUCCUUAAUAUGGGCGUCCUCGGCAUGGCGCCCAACCGCAUCGCCGUCAUCUUUGAGGACCUUGAGGCGCUUGGCCUGCCCAUCACGGACCCCCGCUUCGUCGGGUGCUUCGCUUGUAUGAGUAUGCUCAAGCGGGAGACAAUUUGGCGUCGGAUGGCGCUGUACCAGUGCUUUGGGCUUUCUCAGUGCCAGGUUGCCAGGGCAGUCAUGACUCAGCCCCAGUUAUUGAACCUUACAGAUGGGAACAUCCAGAGGAAGCUCCUCUUCUUCCAAGACGAGCUGAAGAUCGCUCUGCCUCAGGUGAUUGCAUUGCCUAAAAUCUUGACAUUCAGCGUGGAGAAGAAUAUCCUCCCGAAAUGUGCUGUGCUGAGCCUGCUAAUGAGGGAAUGGAAGAUUCAGAGAAGCAUAAAUCUGCUUGGUAGUUUGGGUGUAUCUGCCAAGGAUUUCUCUGAGAGGUAUGUGAAGAAGUAUGAGAAGGAUCUACCAGAUGUUGUUAGGGCAUAUGAGGGGAAGCUAAAAUUCGAAGGGUUCAUGGCUCAGGAUAUUGAACCUUGCAGAAGCCAGGCACCAGUUUUUUAGGUUGAAAUCGCUGUAGGUGAUUGCACAUCCUAAAAUCUUGACAUUCAGCAUGGAUCCUCCCGAAAUGCGCUGUUCUUAACGCGCUGAUGAGGGAAGGGAAGAUUUGCUGAUUCGGGGAGACAUCUGCACAGUCCUUUGGGUGCGUCUAGAAAGUUUUCACUGAAAGGUAUGCGCAGCGCAGAAGUAUAAGAAGGAUGUGCCAGAUGUUGUUAGGGCAUGCAAGGGGAAGAUUCAAUUCAAAGGAUUCUUGGAUCAGGGUAUUGAAAUUCGCUAAAGCCUGGCACCAGUCUUCUAGGGUAAAGUCUCUGUUGGUAAGAAUUGUGCUAGGAUCAACCCUGAUGCUAGUUCUCAUGUCAGGAUUAUUCUACAUAGUCUCACCAUGUCACAAUCUUACCCCAUUUAUUGACUAGCUGACUCUAGCUCUAUAAUUCUAGCUGUGUUUGUUCGGCGACUGUGAUUUGCAUUCAUUGGUGAAUACAUAUCACACAUAUGCUUCCAUCAUGUUGAAGGCAGCUUGAUCUUUGUUCUCAACAAAAAAAAAAAGGAACAUUUGCUUGUGGGGGUAACCGGUUAUUAAAUGCCUGUGUUGAUCAGCCAUAUACUUCCAAUAUCUGUAAACAUGUUAAUGGUAAUUAAUCUCGAUAAUGUUAUAAUCA